GGCGAUUGCAUGCCUCUAUUGCUGCCAGGGGCUGGCUGAGGUGUUUCUCUGGCUCUGAAGGGGUUGGCACAAUGACCAAGUGCUUCAGCCUGGUGUUGCUUCUUGCCUCCAUCUGGACCACAAGGCUCUUGGUCCAAGGCUCUCUCCGGGUACAAGAGCUUUCCCUCUCGGGGUCAUGCAGAAUUAUGGGAGUCACCCUUGUAAACAAAAAGACAACUGAGCAGCUGAAUUUCACAGAAGCCAAGGAGGCCUGUAGGCUGAUGGGACUAACGCUAGCCAGCAAAGACCAGGUCGAAGCAGCAUGGAAGUCUGGCUUUGAGACUUGCAGCUUUGGAUGGGUUGCAGAUCAGAUCUCAGUCGUUCCUCGGAUUCUCCCAAACCCCAAGUGUGGAAAGAACAGGGUGGGCGUUGUGACUUGGAGAACUUUACCCACCCAAAAGUUAAAGGCCUAUUGUUACAACUCAUCUGAUAUUUGGAUUAACUCAUGCUUUCCAAAUACUAUCACCACCAAAGAGCCCAUAUGGAACACUGAAACAGCAGCAUACACAGCAGAAACGAUUGGCAGUGACACUGUGCACUCAGCAUUACCUACUGAUGUGCCGUACUCUACUACACCUCCUCCUGCCCCUGCUCCAGUGCCCACUUCUCCGCGGAAAAGAAAGUUAAUUUGCAUAACAGAAGUUUUUAUGGAAACUACUACCAUAUCUAUGGAAACUGAAUCAUAUACCGAAUAUAAAACAACAUUCAAGAAUGAAGAUGCUGGGUUUGGAGGUGUCCCCACGGCCCUGCUAGUGCUAGCGCUCCUCUUCUUUGCCGCUGCCGCCGCUCUCGCCGUGUGCUACGUCAAAAGGUACGUACAGGCCUUCCCUUUUACAAACAAGAAUCAGCAGAAGGAAAUGAUUGAGACCAAAGUGGUGAAGGAGGAGAAGGCCAAUGACAGCAACCCAGGGGAGGACCCAAACAAAACCGACAAAAGGCCCGAAGAGCCCAAGGGCCCGCCCAAAACUACCGUGCGGUGCCUGGAAGCCGAAGUUUAG